GCUUUGAUCAGAGAAUCAGUUGUGCAACAAACAACAGGGACCCAGACCGUGUUGCACGAAUCUCUGUGUUUGAAGAUAAAGGGACGCAUAUCUACUGUUCGUCUUUUUUCCGGUUUCACCGAGACUGCGCUGCUACAUGUGAUCCUCCAAAGGUUUCUGGACACCCUGCAGUGGGCUGUAAUCGUAGAAUGUCUGACUUAGCAGACCCUGUGUGGCUGGUGCAGAUUUCAUCCUAUGAUGGGAGUUUGGAGGUAAAUCCCGUUGGGUUGUGCCUCCUGCAGCAAAUCUAUGAGCCUGUUCAUGUCAUUGCAGCAUUUGGACCCAAUGGUACUGGAAAGUCCUUCUUGUUGAAUCAGCUUGCAGGAGAUCAAAAUGGCUUUCCUGUACCCACUUGCGGCAGACUUACAAGACCAAACAUGACAAUGAGAGUUUUGCGUCACUGCAAGCCCCAGGACAAGACACUUGUUUUUCUUGAUACGGAAGGCUUUGAUGAGAAAGAGGCAGAACAGUUCUUCAUCCUGGCAGUCCUUCUCAGUAGUACUUUCCUGUACAAUACAAAAAAAGAUAUCACCUUGGAGACACUCAACAAGCUUACACAUGUAAACAAAUUGACCAGUACAGUCCAGGUGACCACCAUUGAUGGAAUGAAUCAAAGCUUCCUCCUCUCGGGGGUACUGCCAGAAUUUGUCUGGUGUGUCAGGGAUGCUGAGCUAGAGCUGACUAUGGGAGAGGUGAUCCUUAACGCUCAAGAUUACUUAGAUUCAGUGUUCAAUCAAGUUCAAGAUAAUGAUGAGGCACCAGGGAGGCACAUUCAGAAUCUGUUCAACAGCCACAAACUAUUUGAUUUCUGCUUGCCACAUGGUGACAGGUCUUAUGCUAUGCAGCUGAAGCCCCAGUUCCUAAACCAAGUGCAAACGCUGCAGAGACACAUCUGCCAGACCCACCCAAAAAUGUUCACAGGUGGCCAGCUUGUGAAUGGAAAAAUUCUAGGGACACUGCUACAACUGUAUGCAGAGAAGCUGUCAGCUGGGAUAAAUAUUGUGCUGGAUGAUAUCAACGAAGAGCUGACUUUAGGAGACUGCUAUGAUCAGGCUUUGCCAGUGCAACCUGAACUCGAAAGUCAGAAUCUGACAGAGCUGGGGGCUGCAAAGAUGCCUACAUUCUCUCAUGAUACACCAGUUGUGUUUUCUGAAGGAGAUGAAGUUGACCUUCAGAUAUGGGAGGAUUAUUAUCAAGCUACCUGUUCUUUGGGCCUUCAAAAGUGCGCAGCAACCCUACCCUAUGAACCAAGGGUCAAAUUUACCCCAUAUGUUGGAGAAGACACUUCAUCAAGAAACAAAGCAGAGUGUGGCAGACCUUCCCUGGAAUUCCAGGAUAUAUAUUCACGUGUAAAUGCCUCAGGCAGCCAUUUGGAGAGUGUCCUGGACAGCAUACAAAUGGAUACCCCAGUAUGCCUUAUAGAAAAUACAAAGGACAAUCAGCUACAAAUGUGUCAGAGUGCUUUAAUGCUACUUGAGUCCAUUCAGCAGCCAGUGGUAGUUGUGGCCAUUGUGGGACUUUAUCGCACUGGGAAAUCUUUCCUAAUGAACAAGUUGGCUGGUAAACCAACAGGUUUUUCUCUGGGAUCAACUAUUCAGUCCGAAACAAAAGGUAUUUGGAUGUGGUGCCUACCUCACCCUAAAAAACCUGGCCAUACACUAGUGCUAUUGGACACAGAAGGGCUUGGAGAUGUGGAGAAGGGAGAUCAAAAGAAUGACAACUGGAUCUUUGCAAUGGCUGUCCUUCUUAGUAGCACAUUGGUAUACAACAGCAUGGGAACUAUCAACAAUGAGGCUCUUCUCAACCUGCACUACGUGACAGAAUUAACAAAGCACAUUAAGGUAAAAUCGCAAGUUGAGUCAGAAGAGGAAAGCUCAACAGGGUUUUCCGGGUUUUUUCCUUCAUUUGUUUGGGCAGUGAGAGACUUCACCCUCGAAUUGGAGAAAGAUGGUAAGCCCAUCACUGAAGAUCAAUACCUGGAGACUGCCCUACAGCUCAAAAGUGGAACAUCCAAAAAAGUUCUAGAAUACAACAUGCCACGGGAGUGUAUCCAGACCUAUUUUCCAUGGCGCAAGUGUUUUGUUUUUGAUCGUCCAUCUUCCAGGGCAAAUUUGCAAAAGCUGGAAAUGCUUGAAGAGUGUGAGCUGGAGCCUGACUUUGUAAAUCAAGCAAAGGCUUUUUGUGACCAUAUAUUGGGUGCUUCAAUGCCCAAAACCCUCAAAGGAGGCAUUGGUGUCACUGGCUUCUUACUGGCGAAGUUGGCUGUUACUUACGUAGAUGCAAUCCGCUGUGGAAAGAUCCCAUGUCUAGAGAAUGCUGUCCAUGCUUUGGCAGAAAUUGAGAACUCUAGUGCAGUGCAAAUGGCCUUUCAACACUAUAAGGAGGAGAUAAAUAAGAAAGCUGAUCUACCUACAGAGGACCAAAAAGAAAUGUCAGAUUUGCAUAGCCAGUGUGAGAAAGAAGCUCUUCAUAUAUUCAUGUCUCGCUCUUUUAAAGAUGAUGACCAAAAAUUCCAGGCAGUGCUGGCGGAACGUAUAAAGAAAGAAUAUGAAGAUAUUUGUCAAAAGAAUGCUGAGCAGUCAAAGAAUUUUUGUGUGGCUCUCCUCCUGCAGAUGGGGGAAGAUUUGGAGUACUCCUUAGAAAAUAAUUACUACCUAAAGCCAGGUGGUUAUGAAGAUUUCCAACAAGACUUGGGAAAUACCAUAAGCCAGUACAAUGAAGCUACAAGAAAGGGAAUAAAGGCAAAAGAAACAUUAAGUGACUAUCUGAAGGAAAAGGACACUAGAGGAUCAAUGAUUCUUGCUGCAGACAAAGCUAUGACUGAAAAUGAGAAACAACAGAAAGAGGAGCAAGCAAAAGUGGAAUUGGCUAAAUGGGAAGCAGCAACUUUAGAUGCCAAGCUGAAGGACACAGAGAUGCAACUGGAAGAUCAGCGUUCCUCCUACAAUCUGCAUAUACAGCAACUCCAAGACAAAAUGGAAAGUGACAGAAGAAAAGCUGUACAGGAACACGAGAGACUUCUAAACAAAAAGCUGCAGGAACAAAAAGCUAUGCUUGAACAAGGAUUCAAAGAAAGAGCAGAUCAAUUGGAGGCAGAGAUCAGGCAACUCAGGUCACAAGGAACAGGCAGAGGUCCUUGUGGUUCCUUUCUUGGAAACGUUGUUCGUUCAAUUGGAAGAGUGUUUGGCUUUUAACUAGACAUCAAGGACAGAAUCAUUUUAACGCAUGAAUGUGUUUAUUCCAGGUGUGACAAAAAUUCACCACCCUGCACAAUACAUAUUGGCUGAAAGUCUACAAAUCUGAUUAAUCUUUCCAAUCUUUCAUGUCAUUGGUCAAUAAUCAGUGAGCUCCCUUAUUGUACUUUUAUUUUUGUUUAGUCACCAGCUUUUAACAGCUGGGUGAAUCAAUUGUUAUGCAAGGUUAAUUUAGUCUUUGCUAAAUGGGCUACCUGAGGUAAGUGUCUAGUAAACAUCCAUUUGAUGUUACACUAUGCUUUUUAUUAUGCUUAAUAUGUGACUGUUUUAAUUAUUUGUCAAUGUUGAAGCCAGUGCUUCAUUGUUUCAUUUCAUGUGUAAUGCUGUUGUCAGUGAUUUGCAAUGUCAAAAAAUCAUUUCUUGCUCAGUGGACUGUUUGCUUUGGUUUUGCACAAUAUGUACAUUAUGUUCACAAAUAAUAGUUUUAAUAAUCUUCCGUCUAAAGCUGCCUCUAUCCUGGAAUUGUGGAACCAUAUUACAUAGGAAUUGAAUGACUUAUCCAACUGAAAAUACAAAUCCACAAAAUUCAGUAUAAAGUGUGGGUAUUUAAAUGGAAAUUCUUAGAAUGAAUACAUUGCUUUUUGUUUAAGUUGUUACAAACUUCUUUUAAAUAUGAGUGUUGACUGACACUCUUAAAUAAUUAGGAAAGUUUGACAUUUUUGCACAGACUGACAAAUCAUAGAUAAAGAAGUGAAUCAUUUUUAAAUUAUUCUACAUACGUUUGUAGACAGACACCUUAGAAAUGUUUCAUAUCUGACUGAUGAUGCUUAUGGUUUCUAAGGCUCAGGCAAAUUAGUUUGGUUUUGAAAUUGAUGUGAUUUAUGAUGUAGCUAAAACAUCUUAACACGUAUUCAGAAGGAUUUUGUUGAAAACAGUAGUUCUCAAGUGUAUAAUUUAUACAGUUAUUUAAAACUGAAAAUCAGUUAAACACUUUUAAUUUUA